CAAAAAAUAUAAAUAAUGCUUUGAAAAUGUGUUAAAAAAUCCUACAAACCUACUUUUAUUAGGUGAAAUGACAUAAUUCAUAAUCCUAAACUUGGUCGGAUAUGGGAUGAAGGUAUUACAAGUACUGCGGCACUGUCUCCUCGUCUUACACACUCCGGUUAGGUGCAAACCCGGUCAGCUGUUGAUUUGGUUUACAACGUGUAUGGAAAGAACGAGAAUGUUGGCACGCCCGUGGUUGUACUACAUGGAUUGUUGGGCUCCAAGAGGAACUGGGCGAGUAUGUGCCAAAAGAUAGCCACAACAUGCAACCGGUUGGUCGUAGCUGCCGACGCUCGUAACCAUGGAGAGAGUCCUCACGAGAGCUCCCAUGGCUACCACGAACUGGCUGGAGAUGUCGGCAAGCUGAUUGACACCUUGGGUCUGAACGCAGCUACGGUGAUUGGUCAUAGCAUGGGUGGGAGAACAGGCAUGGCUUUAGCGCUUACACAGCCAAUGAAAGUCCACAGUCUGAUCGUAGUCGAUAUCUCCCCAGUCUCCACUGCUGGCAUCCUCAACGACUUCUUCCCAGUACUGAUAGACCACAUGAAGGCCAUCAAUUUCCAAGGACAAGCAUCUGUCACAGACGCCAGAAACCUCGCUAAACAGAAGUUAAUGGCCAGUGGCUUGUUUGGGAGGGGUAUCCAUUUCAUUCUGAUGAAUAUCGGCAAGCGAGGCGACAAGAUUGACUGGAUGUGCAACUUGGAUGCUCUGAAAAAUCAUUUUCUGGAGAUCGCGAGUUUUCCGGAUGAUUUGAAGGCCAUGCAGUAUAAAGGCCCGGUUCUGUUUAUUGGAGGCACACAGUCUAACUACUUGCCGACAAGUGAUUUAAGAGGAAUCCAAGCAAUAUUUCCGAACGCGGAACUUAAGUAUGUUCAAGGAGUCGGUCAUAACGUUCACGCGGAGGAUCCUACAACCUUCUUCAAUUACGUCAACGAGUUCCUUACGAAAAAUAAAUAAAACUGUUACCUUGUCUACCUACGGAAGAAUUUUAA